AUGGAUAACUCUAAACCUAAACAAAAAACUUUAACCUCAUUUUUUAGUGCGUCGGUGAAACGUGAACUAAACACGUUAGGCCUACCUAAAGGAACCAAGCAAGAUAAAUCCAAUGUUGUUUCGGUUGAUGAAUUAGCGAUUGGAAACUCUUUAAAUAAAAACGAACAAAUAAGUGAACCCAGCACAUCAACGAAUAAGGAAAAAGAAACAAAAUGGCCUGACGUUUGGACAGAAGAGAUGUGGACUCGUAAGAAGGAAACUUAUCCUUGGAUAGAUUGCAAAGAAGGUAAAUUAGGCUGCAAAGUUUGUUUUGAAGUCACAACUAUGGGUGCUUUUAAGAAAGAACACGUUUCUUUAAGUCAUGAGUGGCGCACAUUUCAAGUUAGCUGUUACGGCUCAAACCGAACUAACCAGCUCAAAUCACUUAGAAAAAAAAUUAUAGAGCACAAACAGUCCAAAGCACAUAGUACUGCUCAGGCCAUUGUUGAAUCCUCUCAUAAAAAUCCUAUUACGCAAUUAGUUGAUUCUGCAAAUACAGCUCACAUGGAAUCAACUAAAGCUAUUUUUAGGUCAGCUUACUACAUAGCUAAAAACGACCGACCAUAUAACGAUCAUUUCGGUUUAUUAGAACUUCAAAAACUAAAUGGAGUAGAUAUCGGUGUAGGCCUUCAUUCAAGAUACAGUGCUGUAGAAAUUAUUGAUCAUAUAUCAAAAGAGAUGAAGUUAAGAAUAUUGAAUAAGGUUAAGGAAGUUUCUGGGAAAAUUUCUAUCAUUAUUGAUGAAUCCACCAGCAUAAGUUCAAAGUCAGUACUCAUAAUUUAUUUGAAGUGUGAAAUAAGUAAAGAAAAGUCCCCUAACAUUUUGUUCUUAGAUCUAGUUGAACUUCCUGAUCAAAGGGCCGAAUCUGUUUUUAACAGUACACUUAAGUGCCUUGAACAAUAUGGGUUUGACAAUGGUUAUUUAAAAUAG